AUGGAAGAGACUAAGAAGAAGAAGAAGCCAGGAACCUCCGUUGGUGUAUCUGGCGAUGUUUCGAUAUCAGCUCUUGGGGCGUUUUUUGUUCAUUUGAUUACUGGAUUGUUUCUGGCUGUUGGAUUCUGGGUGGCUCGAAACAAAUAUUCCGUCGAUCUCAUCUCUGAUCCAUCUUUCACUCUGCGUCUCCUAUGGAGUAUUGAGUUUCCGCUUGUGGUGAUCAUCUACAGCUCGUUCCGAAAAAAUCCAGAGAAAUGUUCGUAUUCCAAAGCUGUUGGGAGAAGCAUAUUAGGAUUAAUUUCUGGAGCCUUUUUGAAUGUAAUGGGAGCAAUUGCUUUGGGUGCACCUAUUGGAAUGCAAUAUCUACCAAAAACAAUUCACUGGUCCUUUCUAAUGUCUGUUUUCACGUUUGUACCAGCAACUGCCGUUUAUGGUGCGUCAUGGACAGAUUGGCAUCGUGUAUUCGCUUCGAUGAAACCAAGUGGAAAUAUAGAGUAUAUGAUAUUUAUUCCAGCAUAUGGAGCUAUGAUUGGAGGAUGGUUUGGAGCUUGGCCUAUGCCACUCGACUGGGAAAGGCCAUGGCAGGAGUGGCCUAUAAGUGUGAGCUACGGAGCUAUUGGAGGCUACAUUGUUGGACAAACUGUCUCCUUGAGUUUGAUUACUUUUCUCAGGAAACACAAGAAUUUGAAGGUAGCCUAG